AAAUCAAGUCGGUUCAGGAAAAUUGGUACCGGUUGGUUACCAUUCGUGAAUUUUCAAACCAAACCAAGGCGGUGACAGAUAAAACAACCCCCCAAUCAUCAUCUUCUCCACCGUUCCACCUCCGCGUCUCCGUCGUCGCCGUAGAUUAUAGAAGAUUUAGGGUUAAGAUGAAUAAUAGUAAUAAUAAUCCAGCAGGAGCCUCAUCAAAAGGUAAAGUUGGUUCAUCACAGCCAUCAGAAACAUCAUUCAAACGCAAAAGAGGAGUUUUUCAGAAAGAUUUGCAGCAUAUGAUGUAUGGUUUUGGAGAUGAUCCUAAUCCGUUGCCAGAGACUGUUGCUCUUGUGGAGGACAUUGUUGUUGAAUAUGUGACAGAUAUGGUGCAUAAAGCCCAAGAUAUUGCAUCAAAGAGGGGAAAGCUCUUGACUGAGGAUUUCUUGUUCUUGAUCCGCAAAGACUUGCCCAAGUUAAACCGUUGUACAGAACUGCUGUCAAUGAACGAAGAACUGAAACAAGCUAGAAAAGCGUUCGACGUGGAUGAGGAGAAGCUGGUAUCGCCAGAAUGAUCAAAUGGUGCAAAAAACAACUUUCGUGCACUUUAAGAUUUCAGCAUAGCUAUAUCCAAAUCAUUCAAUCUCAUGUUUACAAUGUUUGACAUCUAAAAAUGGUUUACGGGUGGCAUUUUGUUCUACAAGAAAUCUAUGGACCAGCCUUGAUAACAAAUAUAUUAUACAUGUAUCCUGCUAUCUAA